AUUUAUUAGACCUCAUUUGACUUCUAAUUAUAGACGUAAAUAUUUAUAUUUCUUUUCUGUUUCUUUUUCGCAAAAGGCUUUCUCUUUGUACAUAUAUUUUUGUGCUCAAUUUAAAACUCCCUUUUGGCAAUCUAACUAGCUGAUCCCACUUUUUUUUUAGUGCCUUGUUAAUUUUAAUUCGGUUUUCCACACUUGGUUUAGCAUGAAGAUCCCUUAAUCCGCCUCUUGCAAUCAUUUCUCUCCAUUUCCUUCCUCUUUUUUUUCUCUUCACAAUCCAUAUAUAGACCCGAGAUGUGGAAGUAUCAAGCAUUUUUAAUCACAUUGGCAAGUUCGGCUGCUUUGGCAGCGGUGGAUCUAUCCAAAUUUCCUUCAAAAACGGAUCCCACAAAGUUUACUAUCCCAGAUAUUCCUCAAACAACCUCGCUGGAUGUAGCCACUGAAUGUCAAUAUUAUCAAUCCAACUUUACUAUUGAAAAGAGUGAAUGGCCUACCAUUUGGGAUAUUGCUACUAGUAACAAUAUGAACACAUCUACUGAAUUUACCAAUCUCUACAACUCUAUCGAUUGGACACAAGCACCAAAGGCUCCCGUAAGAUCAAUGACACCUCAAGGAGGCCUUAAUUUAGUAGGCUAUGAUACUGUCAACGAUCCCGAUUGUUGGUGGUCCGCUACUCAGUGUGUCAAACCCAAAGCGCAAGGUACCAACGGUGAUAUCUCGACCUGUCCUGAGCCUGAAACUUGGGGUCUUACCUUUGAUGAUGGUCCCAACUGCUCCCAUAAUGCCUUUUAUGACUACCUUGAAACAAACAAGCAAAGAGCCUCCAUGUUCUAUAUCGGCUCUAAUGUCCUGAACUGGCCUUACGGUGCUCUUCGUGGUCUCAAGGAUGGUCACCAUCUCUGUGGUCAUACUUGGUCACAUAAGAUGAUGACAACUUUGACUAACCAAGAGGUCUUGGCUGAACUUUAUUAUACCGCUAAAGCAAUCAAGUAUGUAACUGGUAUUACUCCCUUGUACUGGCGUCCCGCUUUGGGUGAUCUUGAUGAUCGUGUACGUUGGAUUGGAACACAAUUAAAUAUGACUGCUAUUCUCUGGAACCUUGAUACUGAUGAUUGGGCAGCCAAUUCCACACCCGGCAUUACACCAGACACUGUGAAUGGCAAGUAUCUCGAUUACAUCAAGAUGGGUAGCAACGGUACUUUUGCCAAGUCUGGUAACAUUGUUCUCUCGCACGAAAUCAAUAACAUGACAAUGGAUUUCUUUGUUGAUCAUUACCCUGCCAUCAAGGAAAACUACAAGCAUGUGGUUGAUAUUGCUACAUGUCAAAACAUUGCUCAUCCUUACCUUGAAGAGGUCAUCACCUUCCCUAGUUUUGAAGCCAGUACGUCCCAAAAUGCAAGCACAGCCACAGGCUCUGGUGUUGUUCCUGGUGCUACGGGUGCUUCCAGUGCUGGAAACAUAAACUCAUUCAAUGGUCCUCUUUUCAUUGCUUCUCUUUUCGGUUUGCUUUUGGUAGCUGUCUAAUUUUUUUUUUUUAUCCCCAUCAACAACAACAACAAAAUCUCCCCCUCCCCCCUCCCCACACACACACACACACACACACAUCCCACCCCUUCUUCUUCUUUUUUUUUCAUUAUUUCUACAUUCAUAAUUUAUACAUAUUGUAUAAGAGACACUGCCCCACACCCAUACACACACACAUACACAAUUUUUUUUUUUUUUUUUUUAACUUUUUAUAAAUAGAAAAUAGAUCACAUUUUUAUUUUAUUUUUUUUAGUAAUUUUU